AUGUUCGCCAAUGUUGUUAUACCGCUCAAGUUCAACAUUAUCAAAAGUCGGCGAAGAGCUUUGGUGCAUCUCAGCUCUGAGCUGAAGCAUAUCAGCCUGGCCCUUCGUACAGAUGCUUCUGGAUCUCUGGAAAAUCACUUCGGCGAAUCGCCCGGCACGAAGUAUGCCACACUCCAGAGAGAGACUGCUGAGGUUACAUCUGAUGAUCAUCGUAAUGACUGGAUACGUCAAACUACAUUGCGCAAGGUUCCGCAUCGCGAACUGUACGAUAAAGCCAUCAACUAUGAGCAAGCCCAUGCCGUCAAUGGUAUAUGCAAUAACACGUAUGGCAUUCUUCCAUAUUUGAUCAGUGGGCCACCAGGCACGGGCAAGACGAAGACACUAGUUGAGACGGCGAUGCAGCUGCUGGAGACUUCAGAAGUCAAACACCUGCUCAUAUGUGCUCCGUCGGAGGCUGCCGCAGAUACAAUCGCUUUGAGACUGAAGAGUUACCUUUCAAGGAAGCAGCUUUUCCGUCUCAACCGACCCGGAAGAGCUGAUAACGAAGUACCACGGGAGUUGUUACAAUACUGCCAUAUCGAAAACGACAUGUUUUCUUUACCGCCUUUCAAGGACCUUAUGGCUUUUGACGUCGUGGUAGCCUCUUGCCAAGAUGCUUCAAUACUGGCAGAAGCAAGGAUGACUAACAACGAUCUCUGGACCAUGCAGAAGGCUAUGAUCUCGGCGUUCAAUCCGAGGGAAAAAAUGCCUACACCGCCGCUGCACUGGACAGCUUUGCUCAUAGACGAAGCAGCUCAAGCCACUGAACUCGACGUUCUGCCUGCCAUCAGCGUUUCACCUCAACCACGCUUCGUGAUGGCAGGAGACGAGAACCAACUCGGCCCCCGAACAGCUUCCCGCGAUACCCGAGUUACCAUGUCGCUAUUCGCCCGCCUUUUCAAGCGACCACUAUACAAUGACCACCCUCUCUCGCGGUCCAAGCGAUCGAUGCUCCCCAUCACAUACCCACCCUUCACAUUGCUGAUCCGAAACUACCGUUCCCACCCUGCAAUUCUCAGCGUGCCAAGCGCUAUCUUUUACCAAAAUACGUUGAUUCCCGAGGUCGUGAUACCAAACACACCACUCCAGCAAUCGGACAUCUGGCGCGGACGUAGGUGGCCCGUUCUCUUCGUCCCGCAUGAUGGAACUGACGAGAUUGAACGUGAUGGCGGCGGCUGGUACAACGUCUCCGAAGCGAACAUAGCCUGCGAUAUUGCGCAAACCUUGAUAUACUCUUCUUCCGUGAAGCAACCGGAUAUCUGUAUCAUGUCGCCAUUCGCCGCGCAGUAUGGCAAUGGUUCAGGUCUAUGGGACGUGAAUAUCGGCCCUUUGGAAGCGUUCCAAGGCCUCGAAAAACGCGUCGUGAUACUAUGUACGACGAGAACGAGGAAGAGGUUUUUGGCGAAGGAUAACAGUAUGGGUGUGGGUAUCAUUGGAGAGAAGAGGAAGAUGAACGUUGCUCUCACGCGAGCAAAAGAAGCUUUGGUCGUAAUUGGCAACCCCAAAGUAUUGGAGCAGGACGCAAAUUGGCGUCAGUGGAUGGCCUACAGCUGGAGGAAUGGACUAGUUCGUGAUGACGAGGGCAUUUGGGCUGGAUAUAAGAAUGAGUUUGAUCAAGGAAAAGCCAACGGGAGGGUGCUGGGUGCUGGUCACGAGACGAACGAAGACUAUGAUGCUUGGGUGGAGAGUCUCAGGGAGGCGCUUGAGGAAGACGAUGAAGAAGUAGAAGGAGAGGAAUACGAGGAAACGGAAGAAGCUGAGUAUGCGCCUUGA